UCCAGUUAUUUCUCGCAGGUUUUACCUAGUGGACUUUCAGUGCACAGCUUUUAACUAUAAAUUAAUAUCGUGUAAUUGUAAAAUACUUUUAUUGACACAUACUGUUAUUUUUGGUUUUGCUGCGUGAGCUUGAAUUCUUGCGCGCUGUGUGGGAAUGUCAGGCGGAGUGGACAGAAACCGCUUCAGGGGGAGGGUGAUGUGAUUCAUUGAGCCAUUCCGUAAGUUUCGUGUUUUGGUUGAUUUAGUUCUCACGUACACCCUCUUUUCUUUCUUCUCCUCCUCCUCUUUCCCCGCCUUUCUUCAACUAAACUCCGCCUCGGAAUACCGCUGCACACCUGGGGGUAACGGCUGCAGGUAAAAGUGUGACGGUGGGGGGGCCUCGGUGUGCGUUUGGUCGGCGUGCCAAGAAGACGCGGAGCGGUCCGAGGGUGAGGAGGUGGAUGAGGAGGGUUUAGUUGCGACUCUCAGGGGCACGAUGGGUGAGGCACCGGUCAGAGAAGAUAGUACAGUGACACGAUCAGCAGAGUAUGUAGGCUCAUUUCCUGUGGAUGAUAACUGUUUGGAUGACCAGAUUAAGCAGCUGCACACACAGUUGAAGUCCCUUAAAGCAUGCAAGACAAGACGGCCAGUGUCCCUAAAGUUUUCCAUUAAAGGUGUGAAAAUGUAUAAUGAGGAUGAAACGAUCCUCCUGAUGGCCCACGCUCUGCGGAGAAUCUCUCUUUCCACGGCCCGACCCGUCGAUUCACAGUUUGCCUUUGUCGCGCAUAACCCAGGCUGCCCAGACACCCAGCUCUACUGCCAUGUCUUUAAAGCAAGGCACGCCAGAGCAGCCCAGUUCCUGAACCUGCUGCUGUGCCGCUGCUUCCAGCUGUCGUACUUGGAGAGGCAUCCAGAAGAGGCCCAGAUAGACUCUGCUGGCUCACUGCCUCAUCGCAAGCCUUCACUGCUCAAUCACGGCUUUCCUCUUAGUGUCAGCGCCCUGGUUUCAUUCAGAAGAGCUCCUUUUGGUGGAUUAUUACCUGGCACUAAGAAAACUCCAAAGUCUUCAGAUGACCAACAAAGCAGCCAAGAUGAGGUCUUUCCCAUCUCCUCUCCCUCCCUGAUGCGCAAGAAAGUCAUACGCACCAAAGUGCUGCGCUCUGGUGCUUACCGCUCCUUCACUUUCACGCCACGCAAACAGCGCACCAUUCAGGAUCAACUGAGUGUAACUCAAGAAAAGGAUCUAGACAAGUUGCCAGCGAGGCGAUCCCGGGCUCCAAGCUUGUCUGAAACAGAAGAGGCACUAGCUCAGGCAGUGUGGUGUUGGGCUGGUAUCGCAACUGAGAGCAGCUAUUCACUGCUUGCAGAUGAUGUUCUGGGAUCCUACCUUUUGUGCCAACAUCCAAAAAACCCUAAAUGUGGCUCUCUAAUCAUUCGCUUCUCCUCUGGCCCAAUCACCCACCUUAUUGAAAACACCCGUAAAGGGAAAUUCGUGCUGGAGAAAUGCAAGACUGAAUUCAAUUCCAUGGCUGAGCUGAUUGAGCACUACACAGAGACUGAGGACGAGCUGCCAUGUCUGCUGAGCUAUGCUCGGGUGAACCACUGCUAUGAGUGGGAGGAAAACGUCAGCAAACAGCAGCCUGUAAAGCUUCAGCCCAAACGAAGCCGAAAUUAAAAGUACCCACAGAAACGAAUGGAUGUAAACCCUGGACACUGGAACAUGUGGACUGCCAACCUCAGAGGGCACAAAAUAAGCGACACUGGUCAUUUCUUUUGCACAUUUAUCUUUUAUCUGUGUUUUGGUGCGGGAAGGUUUAACUGUAAAACAAAGUCACUGUUUAAUAGUGUUGGCACUUACUGUGAACAGUAUCCAUUUCCUAAGAGGGUACUUGUGUGUUAAAGAUAUUUUGUGGUUUCUGAUUUUAUUAUUUUUAUUUCAACAUAAGCUUUUAAAAAUAUACAUUUUUAUUUGUGCCUAUAAAACAGAGGAGCUUUUUUUUUUUUUUUUUUUUAAGACAUGAAACUAAGAACCUGAAUCUGUAAAGGGGAAUUAAUCACUGAUUACUACACCUGAUGGCAAAGCCACACUUUUUCUUCUUGUUUCCUUGUCUAGUAACAAUGUUACUGAAAUGUAAAACUUUUACUCCUUUUUACUCAUAUUUUUGUAUGCAGUUUGUUUUUCAUUGGUCGAGUAUAAAUGGUACAAAAUGAUUUCAAUCAUUCUCUGGGAUUGUGGUUAUCAUGUUGUGUCGUCUUGACUAUAGUUGAUUUGUUCAUAGCUUGCACACCAUCUACCUGCACCCCCUACAUUAGUUUCACAACAGAAGAUUGUGAUUAUUAGCAAAACAUUAAAUAACUGAACAUAACGUGCA